UUCUGAAUUCACUACACGAGGAUACCCUUUACCACGCUUGUUUCUGUUUUUCCAGUCCAGUACCCGAAAAUUGACUUGUUUUAUCUUCGAUAAGUAGAAAAUAGUAUUUAUUUUUGACCAGAGUUAGUAAAUCAAUUAGUUAAGAAGUGACAAUGCCAAAGUCGAAGAGAGACAAGAAAGUUUCACUCACCCGGACAGCAAAGCACGGGAAGGAAUGGAAGAAAGAUAUUUACGAGAAGGUUCGAACCGCAGCGGAACAAUAUGCUUCAAUUUAUGUCAUUCGUGUCGACGGGAUGAGAGUUGGAGCACUGAACGAAAUUAGGAAACAUUUCAAGGACUCGACAAUCUUGUUGGCGAAGAAUAAAGUCAUGGCUUUAGCUUUGGGGAAGGACGAGGCUUCAGAAGUUAGCGAAAAUACGCAUAAGAUUGCAGAGAGGUUAACGGGUCAGUGUGGUCUAUUAUUCACGGAUAGAGAAGAAUCCGACGUGAUUUCCUUCAUUGAGGAGUUUGUUGAGAGGGAUUACGCCCGAAGUGGAACUAAGGCGAGCGAGGAGGUGAUUUUAAAGGAAGGACCUCUCACCCAGUUUUCACACGCGAUAGAGCCUCAUUUAAGAUCCUUAGGAAUGCCAACGCAGUUGAAAAAAGGAAUCGUUACGCUGCUUCAGGAUUUUACAGUGUGCAAAAAACGACAAGUUUUGACUCCACAACAGGCCAACAUUUUGAAACUACUGGAAAUCCAGAUGGCUCAAUUUAAAAUUAAAUUGGAUAGCAAAUGGACGAAACCGGACGACUUCAAAAUUCUUGCGAGCAAGGAUGACGACGAAUCUGAGGAAGAAGAUGAUGAGGACGUUGCAGACGAGGAAAAUCAAGUAGAAGUCGACGAUGAAGAAAUGGACGCAUCCGACGAUGACGAUGACGAAUAAUGUGUUGGAUUCGAAAUUUACGUAUUUGUAUCUUAUCAUAUUUAGUUUACUACGCAAGUUUAAUUAUUUUUCAAGUUUGUGAAAUUUCUUAAUCGUGUUUUCGAAUUUAAUAAUAGAUCUUUCUUUAAUGACUAUUUUUUAAA